AUGUCAGGUGAUAAAAUCGUAUAUAAGAAACAGAGAAUCGAUGAAAAUGAUUCUAAUGGUAUAACAAACUUUGAUGACCUUCGGGCAUUAUUCUUCAGACUAAAUACAAUUUACACUUUCCUGAUGUGUAGAAAACAUGUCGUGCCAACUUUUAGCACAAUCACAAAACCAAUCUCGAAAGCCCUGAAUCGUGAUAUUACUGAGUUUGAUUUAGCUCUGAUAGUAGCCAUUCUUCCCAGAGAUUGUAUCUUUAAGUAUAUCGAUGAGAACCAAUUACAUACAGAGACGAAAGUGUAUGAUUUUAAAGACGGUGGAUAUCAACAGAAGGAUACGGACAUAUUUGAGUUGAAGGAUGUCAAUUCACAAUAUGGGGAACAAAAAUCGACCCAGGUACUCGUGUUUGAAUUUGUUGACGGUAAUAUGAAAAGGUCAUGGAUAUCAUCAGAGACUGUCUCACAGGUGAAAUUACCGACGUUUACCACUGAAGAAAUGAAAAAAAUGAUAACCAAGAGAAGUGAAAGGUUUGAGACAUGUUUAGAGAAAUUUAUUGAAAGCAAUUCUGAGGAUGAAAGUGUAGAUCCCUUCGAGGAGCUAAUAAAAGUAGCAAAGCAAUAUAUUCCUGAGAGAAAGGACUAUAAUGAUCCUAUUCAGUCAAUGAUGGAUGCCAGGGUAUUGAAGGGAGAACAAGUAAUAAUUGAUCAGGAAACUGGUGCAUAUCGACCAACAAUAAAUGCAGUAAUAAAUCUAUUACAAAAAUCAGAUACAUAUUGUGACCAGAUAAAGGAAAAUUUUACAGUACCAGCUAGAACUGCGCAAUAUGAAGAAUUAAAUUUUGAAUUAUCACCAAAUAUAUAUCCAGCCUUAGAACAUGAAAGGUUUUACUCUCAUCAGGCAGAUGCACUAAAUGCUGUCCAUAUAAAGGCGAAUGUUAUUAUUACAACGUCAACAUCUUCCGGUAAGUCAUUGAUUUACCAAUUAUCUGCAAUAGAUAUAUUAUUAAAUGAUCCUGAGGCGACAUUUAUGUAUAUUUUUCCUACAAAGGCAUUAGCACAGGAUCAAAAGAGAGCCUUUGAAAGUAUUGUAUCGAAAAUUCCAGAAUUGGCGGACUUACACGUCGAUACUUAUGAUGGCGAUACAGAAAGAACCGCAAGGAGAACUGUUAGACAACAUGCACAAGUUAUUUUUACCAAUCCAGAUAUGAUCCAUGCCAGUAUAUUACCUAACCAUACAAAUUGGAAACAUUUUCUUUAUAAUCUAAAAAUUGUAGUGGUUGAUGAGUUACAUGUUUACAAGGGUUUGUUUGGGUCUAAUGUAUCCCUUGUUAUGAGAAGGUUACUGCGCAUAUGUCAAGAAUAUUACAAAAACAAUAAUUUGAGAUUCAUCUCUUGUUCGGCAACAUUAAAGAAUCCUGUCCAACAUAUGAAAGAUAUUUUUGGUAUCGAACAAGUCAGACUCAUUAAUGAAGACGGUUCGCCUAGAGGUUCUAAAAACUUGGUUAUAUGGAAUCCACCAAAAUUAUCACAGCACAUGCGAAAAAGAGAAAACUUUAUCAAGGAAAGUGCAGAAAUCUUAGUACAGUUAAUUCUUCAAAAUGUGCGAACAAUAGCAUUCUGUUACGUGAGACGUGUUUGUGAACUUUUAAUGAAAGAAGUAAGAAAUAUUUUUGAAAAUAUGAAUAGACUUGAUUUAGUGAAUGAUGUUAUGGCCUAUAGAGGUGGGUACUCCCCAGCUGAUAGACGUAAAAUCGAAAGAGAAAUGUUCCAUGGUAACUUAAAAUCUGUGAUAUCGACUAAUGCAUUAGAAUUAGGUAUCGAUAUUGGUGGUCUUGAUGCUGUGUUAAUGUGCGGGUUUCCAAUGUCCAUGGCUAAUUUUCACCAACAGAGUGGUAGAGCUGGGAGAAGAAACAAUGAUUCUUUGACAGUUGUUGUCGCUAGUGACUCGCCAGUGGACCAACAUUAUGUGGCUCAUCCUGAGGCUCUCUUAGAUGUAGAUGAUCCAGAUUCAUACCAAGAAUUGGUUUUAGAUUUUGAGAAUGAGCUUAUCUUGGAGGGUCAUAUACAAUGUGCGGCAUUCGAGUUACCUAUAGACGUUGAAAGAGACUCGGAGUAUUUCAAUAGAAAAUACUUAACGAAGAUGUGUGAAGGUCAUCUAUAUCAUAAUGAAGAGGGUUAUCAUACUAAUAAUAAGUUUUUGCCAUGGCCAUCGAAACAUGUAUCAUUACGUGGUGUAGAAGAAGAAAAAUUUGCUGUUGUCGAUAUAACUAAUGGGAGAAAUUUAGUUAUUGAAGAAGUAGAGACCUCCAGAACGAGUUUCACUUUGUAUGAUGGGGCAAUCUUUAUUCAUCAAGGUUAUCCUUAUUUAGUUAAAGAAAUGAAUCCUGACGAAAAAUAUGCGUCUGUAUUAAGAGUUGAUGUAGACUGGGUGACAUCUCAAAGAGAUUUUACAGAUGUCGAUCCACAACUAAUUGAAUCUGUAAGAUCGUUGAAAAAUAGUGAUACGCCUAUCUAUUUUGGUAAUAUCAGAACUAAAAUUCUGGUAUUUGGUUAUUUUAAAGUCGAUAAAUUCAAGAGAAUUAUCGAUGCCGUGGAGACUCAUAAUGAUCCAAUCAUAAUUAAUUCAAAAGGUCUAUGGAUUGAUAUUCCAAAGGUAGCUUUAGAAUUAUGUGUUGCAAAGGAAUUGAGCAUUGCUGGUGCUAUUCAUGCCGCUGAACACGGCAUCAUGGGUGUGUUCUCAAGAUUUAUAGUUGCCGGUGCAGACGAAAUAAGAACAGAAUGUAAGGCACCGGAGAAAGAGUUUGCAGAGAGACAAACUAAGAGACUGAGGCCCGCAAGAUUGGUGUUUUAUGAUUCUAAAGGUGGGAAAUAUGGAUCAGGAUUAUCUACUAAAAUAUUCGAGCAUAUAGAUGAAAUAUUGGCUGCAACACUUCAUAGAAUAGAGGAGUGUCCAUGUGAUAUUGGAUGUCCUGAGUGUGUGGCAGCAGCGUAUUGUACAGAAAAUUGUUUGGUCUUAUCUAAGCAAGGUGCGCUUAUUUUACUCCAUACUAUAUUGGGUCAUGAUCCUGUUGAAUUUUUGGAUAAAAUAAAAGACGGGCCUGAAGAAAAUAUGCCUGAGAUUGCGGUAGAGACUGUGGUACCGGUAACUGAACAUGUCAAAUUUGCACCAUCCUUUAAAGUUAUAGACACUGUCGGUAAUGUGAAUGUAGUCGGCUAG